UGUAUCUUUGUAACGGCUGAACAUGUAAAUGUGAUCAGCUAACACAUCCGAUAAGUAGACCCUGACCUGACGAUAAAAUACCUAUACCUCGCAAUAUACACCUCAGWUAACUGCUUCAACCUUUAAAGUUURAUCUAGGAACGGCUUCUUCGAGAUUUUCGAACGGGACUCCAAAACGAAAAUCCACAAAGUUGACUUGUCAAUUUAUUUUCAAGCUUGACUGAACUGUCAUAGGAUUCAGCUAAAGGGAAUUCCUAGGUGAACAUUAUAACAGAGUUGAUGGAUGGCCAGUACAGGACCGUGGGAUGAGUCUGAGAGCUCUGGUGGGCAACCAACAUCAAGGCUGCCUCCAAGACGAAGCACUCUAAGAGUCAGUCACCUCGGAACAACUCAUUCUAGGACAGGCGCUGCUUCACCCUUGCAUUCGGCAAGAAGAUCCAGGUCGUUGCCAAGAAUGGCGAGCAAUGUGCAUGUUGCUGAUAAAGUKGAUGAUUUAGCUGCUUCGUUGCAUGCUACUAGCGAAGUGUUGUCCACUGCGGAUCGCAUGCUUGAGCACUACAGGGACAUAAAUGUGGAACAAGAUGAUGAAAUUACCAAGUUAAGAAAUGAACUAGAAAAAUCAGCAGAUUUGUUGCGAAGAGAAAGGAUUUUUCGCAGACGGCGUUUACCAACGACUCCCUCCACUUCAAUGACUACAAAUAUAUCAUUUUCCCUCUUGAUUAAUUUCAGGUAUGGCCCUACUGGUAGCAGAAGGCUGCACAGUCGUCAUAGUAGUGUGAGAGCACCAGAAGAUGCCCUCUUGGAAAGAGAACGGCUUCUCAGGGAACUUCGAGAAACUGAAGAUGCAAGCAGGCGGCAAGCGGAAGUGUURGUAAAGGGUCUUGAUGCUGAAAGAGACGUACUACGAGAGAGUCAACGAAUUGCCACUGCUAGAGAAGGAGAAUUAGAAUCUCUUAGAAGCCAGUUGCAGGCCGCUCAAAAAUCGCAACAAGAAGAGAUAGAAAAACGUUUAAAGGAAAUUCAGCAAGAGAUGCGAACAGAGCGUGAAAUGUGGGAAUCGAAACAACGAGAAGUCGGUGAACUCACUAGUGAAUUACGUAACGUGCGGGCUCUUUUGGACACUGCAUCAGACAAGAAAAUAAAAGAUGAAAUACGAUCAGUCGCCAGCGAACUAGAAGCGGAGAGACGUGAACUCCAAGAAACUAAUCACGAGAAAAGAGUUCUUGCUGCUCGUGUAGAUGAUCUGGCCAGCAGGCUAGAACAAUCUGAACGAGAUCGCCGACAGGUUCUUGCUGAAUUGGAUGUCGCGGUAAAGAAGCUCGAUCARUCUGAAGGAGGGAAAACCGUCCUCUCGCAACAGGCGGAGGAGACAAGGAAGCGGUUCACCCAAGCCGAGGCAGAAAAAAACGAUCUCGCAAAUAAACUCCAAGAAUACCAAACAAAGCUACAAGAUAACGAAACGACAAGAAGAAGACUCGAGUCCAGGUUAGAGGCACUUGGAAGAGAAGUCAAUGAAGGACAACAAGAUAGAGAAAGGCUACUYGAACAACUAGAUGUACUUCGUAAUCAGGUAUUGCAAGGCGAGAGAGAAAAAGAAGACAUCGUCAAACAAAUUUCUAUGGCAACUCGAGGAACAACUCCACGUCGACAAUCAUUCGGGCCGGCGCUCGGUGGUUCAAGACGAAGCAUGGUAAAUGGUUCGGGUGAUGUGAGUCAGCUCCGACAAAAURUCGAUCGACUGGAGCGUGAUUUGAACACCAGUCGGGUUGGCUUCGGGGAUUCCGAGGGGAGAAGAGGAUUCGGACGCGGGGAUUUUCAGAGAGAAGAUAUCAAUCAAACUCUAGACCAGUUACGGGAAGACAUGGAUAUUAAAGAUGAACAGCAAGAACGGUUAAUUGUACAGAUGAAGGAUUUGUUAGAUAAAUAUGAACAGAGUGAAGCAGAGAAAAGACGUUUUGCUGAUGAACUUGACAACACAAACAAGAAUCUCAAGCAAAGAAGCACAGAAAUACAGAAACUAAACGAAGAACUUGAAAACAAGGAAAAUAUGUUGAAGGAGAGCGAGAAGAAGAGGAAUGAACUGAAAACAAAGGCUCUUAAUUCACUGAAAGACUAUCGAAGUAAAUGCAAGAGACUUGAGCGAGAAGCAGACCAAGGAAAAGAAGCAAUGGCGCGUAGUGAAAGACUAGAAAAAGAAAUGCGAGAAUUGAGAUCCGCUAACAAUAGUUCUACUGGAGCACCGUCGUUUAGUACUUCAAGAAGAGACAUAGAUGACUUAAUGGAUCAACGACAAAGACUAAAUGAYGAACUUGCCCUGAAAAAUGCUGAGAUUCGUGAACUUCAAGCWGUCAGGUACAACGGUGAAAGAGAUAUGUCAGAUUUGAGAAAGCAACUCGAKAAGCUUGAAGCGGAGCUUCGGACGCAUGAGGCACAGGCAUCAUUAGCACACAUGGAAAAAUUAAAGCUAGAAGAGGCUCUYCAGACUGCACAACGAGAAAAAGAACAGGAAGCUAAAAAAUUCGAGAGGAAACAAGAGGAAAAUCAGAGUGACCUGGAAUCAAUGUUAGCUGAACAAAAGAAAGAAAUCAAAGACCUGCGAACCAAGAAUGCGAGAUUAAUGGCCAAAGUACAGCAGGAAAUCGCCGAAAGACAGGUUGUGGAAGAACGAUUCCUUGAGUUGAGGGAACAAGAGAGAAGAACAAAAGAUGAGAACGCGUCKAUAUUCGCGCAGCUGCAACAGGAAAGAGAUGAGCACACAGUGGCGUUGAGAGAGUUACAAGAACAAAUACAAUCCCUUGCUGCCAGUCACGAGAAGGCUUUACAGGAAACUAAAAUGCAGUAUGGCAAGGAAAAAGACAUGUUUGAGAAUCAGUUAGCCGACAUGAAGCUGCAAUUGGCAGACGAAACGUCCACMAUCAAAGCAUUAAGAAACAGACAAGAGAAAGACCGCGAACAGAUAGAACGUUUGACACAAGACCUGAACACGUGAGUACAUGGAAGAUAUGACCUGUCAAAAGAAGACAGCGAAAAUGCGAAAGAGAAAUUAGACAUGAAUCAAAGCAGGUUGGGUCAGCUGGAAGAUUCUCUUCAUAGAAGUCAACACUCACUUGAGAAAGCAACCGAAGAACAACAGGUUCUGUGGCAAAAAGCAGAUGACCAACUGGAGAAAAUCAUAGAUCUUAUCUGUAGAGAAUCUGAUAUUCCACUUCCGACGUUGCUUGCUAGUGGUGGUAGUAAUCGACACGACUCACACCAUGGAGUGGCUGAAAUGAUUGGGAAGCUAAGAUGGCUUAACGAAGAACUUAAAGUACGAUUAUCAUCUGAGCGACGUCUACGAGAACAAGCAGAACUGGGUACUCGAAGAAUUCGAGACUUGGUCCAGAAAGCUGAAGAGGACAGACAAUAUUUCGUAUCAGAGCUUGAUCAACAGUCCUUGUUGCUGGACCAGAUGGCAUCUCAAAAGAAAGGACUCGAGACUAAACAUCGUCAGAACUCCGAUGACAUCAAAGCAUUAAAGGACCGAAUCCGGGAACUUACUAAACACUUACAAACCAGCACACGAGUUCUUCAAUCCACRACGGAGGCUCUUGACGAUAAACAAAAGGUGAUGGAGGAAAUCGACGAAUUAAAGGACGAGAAACAAGAAAGGGAUAAAAUCCACGACAGAUAUAUAAGAUACAAAGAAAAAGUAGGAAGUAUACGAAAAGAGUUGCAAGGAAUGAAGACAAUGGCAGAUGAAUAUAAGCAAGAAAGCCUCGACGCAAGUAAUAUUUCUUCUAGAUUAAUAGAGAGUUUGGAUAAAUUAUCCAGCCCGAAAGCUAAACAGCGUCGGCUUCAUUUUCCCGACACAUCUUCCACAAUAAGACCUGGGUCUAAACCAAGCUACACGGCCACAGGGGAACUGUCUCCAGCCUCGUCAGACGGUACAUUAUCAGUCUUAUCUCAGGAUUAUUCUUUUUCGCCAUCAUUCAAAUCGGACAGAAAAAGAACUGCUAAGCGAGGACCGUCGUCUCGAACACCAGGAUCCAUGUUGUACGCUGAUCUUGACUACAAAGAAAGGCCUUCAUGGAUUGAUGCAGCAUCGCCAUAUGAAGAGGCGGAGAGGGAACAGCAAAUCUAAAUGCGCAUAAAUUAUACAAGAACACGUUGAUAUACAGCCCAUGGAACAUAUAAAACUAGACUAUUAUUUAUCUUAAUCUCUGUAUAAAACUAAGCAAUCCAGGUCAAAUAAAACAUCUAAAUGACAAGAAUAGAACCAUUGCCUACAAUUCUGCCAACUUUAA